AUGAGUCGGGUGGUGCUAGACAAUUUGAAUAUUGAGGGCUUAAAAGAUGUCGCCAGGCAGCUAGAAUUAGAUACCUGCGGAACACGGGCGGUGUUAAUGAAGCGACUCAUAGAUUAUUACGAAAGCCACGGUUGGCCAGAGCAAAUCACAGUAGCUGGCCCUAAUGCGGCAGAUGAAAAGGAAACCGAAGAUACGAAUAGCGUAAUUCCAGACGAUCCACCUAUGUCGGCGGGUUCCCAACCAAUUCUUGUGGAAGAUAGAGCAUAUUUCCGCCCCGGGCGAGGCGCGGCAAGGUUCAACGAUCGGGCAGAAAAUUCUGCAUUCAAUACUCAAGAGAUUGCGCAAGCAGUGGCGCAAAUUCUCCAGUCGAAUUAUGAGAGACGGCAAUUAUCGGGUCUGUCAAGCGAUCCUUUUUCGCGAACGGUAUCCGGCGAAGGCGCGGAGCAGCGUCCGUUUUCGUCGCAUGAUUGGGGACGAAUUAAGUUCGCGGCGAAACUGAUACCAACAUUUUCCGGAAAGGAUGACGAGGUUGUCGAGCGCUGGAUCGAGCGUUGCGCAUCUAUUGCGCGACUGCACAGAAUAACGGACGACGUCUUAGUCACGGCGGCUAUAAACCAGCUAGCCGGCCGCGCUCGAAACUGGCUCCACCGUCAACCACCUGAAUCAGUCGUAACAUGGCCAGAUUUUAGCUUCCAGUUGCGGAAUUACUUCGAGAGGAAAGAGGCCAUUACGGAUACGAUCGCUAGGAUUAAUAGACGUUUUUGGAGGGCAAACUCGGAGAGAUUCGUGGACUAUGCGGAAGAUAAGCUGGACCGUAUGCAGUUCUUGCAAUUAUCGGAGCGCGAAAAGAUCGAGAUGCUAGCGGACGGAGUGAGAGACCCAACACUACGCCGGUUCGCGGUAGACAUGCAAGUUAGUUCAGUGCCGCAAUUCAUGGAGCGGUUUAGAAGGCUCGUAGGUGAUAGUGUGUCUCAGCGGCGAUUUGAAUCUAGAGAGGGGCGCCCCGGUGCAAGGCAUUCAAAUGCAAGUGCUCUUUCUUGCACGGGAUGCUACCAAAAAGGGCACAGUAUCCAGCAGUGCCGACACGUCGAUAUAACGUGCCACAGAUGCAAACAGAAAGGACACAUCAGCCCGAACUGCCCAAUCGGCAGAACAGAAGCGUCAACCAAUAGGAUCAAUCAUCUGGAGCGGCGGGAAGAAGAGGAGCCGGAGCAGACCACCCCUUCAAUGGAACAGCAGGCAGCGAAUAGCAGCGUUUGCGUGAUCGAGGAAAGAACUCCGUUGAUAAAAGUGAGAGGGCUAGAUUGUAAAGGUAAAACGCUUGUCGCGCUGGUGGACACGGGCAGCCCGGUGAGUCUUAUAAGAGAAUCGACUUAUUUGGGAUCCUUUCGGUCAAACAAAUUGUUACGCGUUAAAGAAAACUUGAAUUUGAAGGGUGUGAAUAAUUCGGUUAUCGAGUUUUGCGGGAAAAUACACGACCAAUUGUGCCUCGAGAAAUUGGCGGGUCACUGGUUUGAUGUUGCCUUGUUCGUUGUCAAGGAUAGUACGAUUGCGUUUGACAUUUUGUUAGGACGUGAUUUUUUCGACCAGUCUAAUCUACGUCUAUGCUAUCAUAAGGGAGUCUUUGAAUUCGAAUCUCAAACACCGGAUAAGGAAAUAAAUUAUAUUUUCGGCAUAAAUGUAACAGAGAAUAAAGAUCGCGACGAUGUUAUCUUGGAAAAUCUUGAUCCAACUUUAGAUUCCUGUACUAGAGAAAAAUUGCUGGAUGUAUUCCACGAGUGUGAUAGUAGCGUCGUCGAACCCGUUCGAGACGACUAUUGCAUCAGGGUACAUUUGAAAGACAGUUCCUUUUUCCGGUACGCACCACGACGUAUGUCAGUUAACGAGAGAUUGGAAUUGAAAGAAAUAACGGACGACUUACUAGCUCGUAAUAUUAUUAAACCUAGCGUAUCACCCUACUGCGAGCGUGUAAUACUGGUAAAUAAGCGCAACGGAAAAAAACGUAUGUGCAUCGACUUAAGACCCCUCAACCAACGAGUAGCCCCGCAGAAGUUUCCGUUUCCGAUUAUCGAAGAUCAAGUCGAUCAGCUUUAUGGAAAAAUUAUUUUCUCCAAACUCGACCUGCGAGAUGGUUUUCACCAAAUAGCCGUACAUCCAGACGAUACGAAAUACUUUGCAUUCGCAACCCCGUCGGGACAGUUCGAGUUCACGAGAAUGCCUUUUGGCUAUUCCGAGGCGCCGGCGGAAUUCCAAAAAAGAAUCCUACAGAUUUUUGCUCCAUUAAUUCGAGAGGGAAAAAUCCUGAUAUACAUGGAUGAUAUUCUGAUAGCAACUUCCACGGUGGAAGAAAACUUGAAGAUAGUUUCCGAAGUACUGGGAAUCUUGAAACGGCAUAAAUUAGAGCUUAAUUACAGUAAAUGUUUAUUCUUGGCUAAAGAAAUCGAUUACUUGGGGUAUUUGAUCUCAGCCAAGGGAAUUACUAUGAAUCAAAGACACGUACAAGCUAUUUUGAAUUUCCCGUGUCCAGGAAACGUUCGGGAGAUUCGAGGGUUUCUCGGUCUUACAGGAUAUUUCCGUAGAUUCAUCAAAGAGUACUCACUAAAAGUCAAACCGUUGCAGGCCCUAGUAAAAAAGGAAGCCGUUUUCAGGUUCAAUAACGAAUGCAAAGAAGCCUUUGAAAAUCUUAAAAAAGAGCUCGCAUCCCCGCCUAUCCUUAAAGUAUAUAAUCCGACCGCGGAAACCGAGUUACUGCUAGUUGUCAAGGGUUUGGAGCAAUUCUUUUGCAGAAACAAGUAUCUGGAUGCAUGGCGCCUGUUGCCUAUUUUAGCAAGGCCACAAACGAGGCAGAGAAAAAAUAUCAUUCUUUCGAGUUGGAGACACUAG